AUAAUAUUUGUGAUGAUAACGUUACUAUGGCGCUAACGUGCGCGUUCGGUCGAUUCGAAUAACAAUAUUAAUAUUGUGUUUGAUCGAAUGUUGUUGUAGUAGUAAUAAGUUAGGUUUUCCAUUUCACUUUGUUUCGUUAAUCGUUGCUGCAGUUGUGGUGAACUCGUCGGAAGCGUUUUUGAACCGAAAAUGGAAAACGGCUGCGGCGAUACGUGCGGCAAGUACUUCAAACUGUUGCAAAGCGAGAACAGAAGGGUGAGAAAACAAAAUCUGGAUAAACUAAUAGAACUGGUCGACGCGGACAACACCGUCGUGUCGACGUCCGCCUUUCUGACCGACGUCAAGACUCACGUGUACCCUCGUCUGAGCGAUGAUUCUGAAAGCUGUCGCGAGUCGGCCGUACAGCUGGUGAAACGUUUGGUGUGCCUUAGAUGCGACAACGACGUCGCGUCCAUCGUGGUCAUAGUGCACAAGCGUAUUGCCGGCGUGAGCACGACGGAGAAUUCGGAAGAACUGAAACUGCUCUACGUCCAGCUGCUCAGGGACAUCAUACGAAAUUACGGCGAACCUGUCGAGUCGUAUUUAGACGAGAUAGUGGCAGUUUUGGUUCGAGGAGUGUUGGACACUUGUCCGGCUGUGAAAAAAGAAUGCUGUUUGUGUGCUGCCGAAUUCGCUCGCACGGCCAAAAGGAAAUUUCACAUGGUAGCCGAAACGCUGAUCGAGCCCAUGUUGAAGGCGACCAAGUACCAUCAAUCAGCAAUUAGGAUCACUGCGAUCGAAUCGUUGGACGACGUUGUUAUGUACAGUAAUGGAAAACAAGUUGCCGACAUUUGUAAUGGUCUCGCCGAUAGACUUUUCGAUCAGAACGUCACAGUGCGACUCACUCUUUGCCGGGUCGUAUCCAACUGGAUGUUACGUUUACCCGACAGAUAUUCUUUUUUUCCAAAACUCGUUCCUUUAAUACUGUCUGCUCAAGUCGAUGACCAUAAACCCAAUCGUGAGGAGGCUGAACGCUUUUGGGACGAAAUUGGAAAUUUGUAUUUAAGUGAAAACGAAGAAAAACUCAAAGACAAAAUGGACUUUUUACCAGAGAAGCUGGACCAUUAUCCCCCUAAUGUUAAAAGACCAAAUUUGGGUUGUCGCACGUUAGUAGCUCGAGAAGUACUAAAAUUGUUGCCUGUUAUAAUACGUGAAUUAGACGACUGGAAAGAGGAUAUUUGUAUCAAAUCGGGCCAGCUACUUUGUGUGGUCGCUUUGAAUGCUGAAGAAUCGAUCAUUCAACAUUUCAAUCAGCUUUUAACAGCUAUGAUAAAAUGUUGCCGUGAAACAAACCAUGUAGCGUCGAGUCACGUCAGGAGUGCGGUGGAAAUUAUGAGUUAUUUUGUAUCGCCAGAUGUGUAUUUAAAAUUUAUAUUGCCAUUGUUGACGGAAAGUGAUACGCACACAGGCCACAUGGUUAUCUUAGCCGGUCUGUUGAAAAACAGCUUGCCCAAUGAUCUCGCCAAACACAUUGAAAACUUAGCCACCACUUUGGUUUUGCCAGAAAUAUGUGAAAUACACGACCCGUUGUUCAAAACAUAUUUAUUACAAGUAAUCGAAUACAUGUUGAGCAUUUGUAAAUUGGAAUGCCAAAAACAUUUCUACGAACUGUUCAAAAUUUACAUUACGGUACAAUCUUCCACUUUGGAAAACUUUGAGGAUCACUGUGUAUUUAAAGAACUGGUAAACAUGUGUCAGCCGAAUAACAAGGAACAGCUGUUUAGAUUGCACGGUGAAAAACUAUUGAACGAACUCAACGAUACCUGUGACUCGUGGGUAGUGCAUUCGCCAGGGCGAGAAGUACUCGAUAAAAUAGCGACAGAUGCCGAUUACGUCAUAUCCAACUACUAUGAAACGUAUCGACAAAUAUUAUCCAAAACUCUUCAAAACUUGGAGAAAGACUCUCAAUUCACAAUGAAAAUUUUAAUCAACAUCAGUAUUUGUGUGGAUAAAAAUAUCUUCGACGACAGUCAACUGUGGCAAAUUUUAUCGGACAUUGUAUUUCCCGCUCUUACGUGGAGACCUGGUCGAUCGGCCGAAACGUUGCGUGCCGCGGCUUGUCUGUGUGCUGAGAAAAUUGUUGACAAGUUUACUAUGUUUACCGAAGACAUUUUAAACCAAAGUUUUCCAAUAUUUUUGGCACUCGCUGACGAUAACCACAGUAAAACUCGUGCGUACGCUUUGGACUGUUUACAGUAUUUUGUGACAGCGGCUAAAAAAAUGAAUGUUAUCGACGCCGAUAAAAUUAACAACGUAACCAGAGUUGCGCUGGCCCGUUUAAACGACAAUCCGGGAAUCACCAGGUUCAAAGCCAUUAUGUUACUGAAAGCCGUCUACACUAAACCACUUCCGACAGACUACUUGCUGCACUACGAAGGACACGUGACACAACUUUACAAGACCAUGGUGAUAUUCUUAGACGACGAGAACAUACAACAGCCGAUACUCGACGCUCUGAAAGAACUGUCAUGGAUGAAACCCGAAUUUCUUUGUAAACAUGUCAACGUAAAUGUAUUUUCACAAAAACAUUACGCACAAUGUUUAUUAGACUUUUUGUGUGACGAUCUUUGCCGAAUGUAAAAUCUCACGUCAAUAACACGGCUAGUGUGUUAUUUUUCUUCCACAGUCUUUUGUCUGCUCGAGUCAUCGAACACGACUAAUCUUUGUAAAAUAUAACUGUUUAUUUGUUUUAAUGUACACUUUCACUGUUAAUCGUAAUGUGAGAAAAUGUAUUAAUUAAUUUAUGUAUUAUACAGUAUAGAAAAUAAAAACAUUUAAUAACAAACACGUUACAUUAUAAUUGAUUUCGAACAUCAAAGUAAAGAUACAUGUUUGUAUAAUAAUAUUAUGACUUAAA